GAACCUCGCUAAUGUGAGCUCGCAAAUAAGAAGCAUUUGCUCUCACCACAUCUCGCUAGUUUCCCAGCUUAGCGAGGUAUUUUCUGGUGUUCCAUUACCACUGGUCACAUCUUAUUCGCGAGCCUGUGCAUUAGCCUCUUUCGGGAAUUCGAACCGACUCGAUGGAAGAGGUUCAGGUUCGGGAGUUUGUGGAAGUGCCGGCUGCUGACGCGGACGAAGCCGCGGAGCCCGUGAUUAGCGGCGUGAACAUCGGCGCCAUCGGCGCCGCGAUAACCGGCGCGGCGAAGAAGGACGAGGCGAAGAGGUCCCCGCUCGCGCUGCUGAUUCCGAUCGCCGUCGUAGCCGCGGGAGCGUUCGCCAUCGUCAGCAUUUUCAGAGGCGGCAAGAAAAAGGGCGAAGGCAGCACUGAUGCCACGUACAAAGCCUCGCCGCUUGUUCCGGCGACGAAUGAAACUCCUACCUUUAGUGGUGCUGACGCGAGUAAUAACUCAGCCGUUACUGCUGCUGGUGAUCGUUACGUUCCCCCGUCGCCGCAGUCGGACGCGUUCCACGACGCCACGUGGGAGCUGACGGCGGACGACGACGACGCGGCGAACGGGAUCUCCGGCGCGAAACCCGGCGAGGGCGCCACGGUGGCGCGCAUCCUCGGGAAUGCUGCGGCGAGCGCGGAAGCGGAAGCGGUGGGAGAUGGUGAAGAGGGGAAGGCUGAAGAGGCGAGAAAGGGUAACGGAGAGGAGGCGGAGGAGGAGGAGGAAGAGGAAGAGAGGGAAGAGGAGGAGGAGGACGACGAAGAGGAGGAAGAGGAGGGAGAUGCGAUGGUGUCGUCGCUGCUGCAGAAGGCGCGAGCAGCGAGCUCCAAUGUGAACGACAUGGCGGCCCAGAGCCUGGCCUGAGCUGAGCUGAUGGACCAAGACUUUUGACGCGCUUGAGGCGCUUGAGGCGCUUGAGGCGCUUGAGGCGCUUGAGGAGCUUAAGGCUCCUCACAAUGCGGGUGGCGCACGACAUGGUGGCCAAGCGCCUGAGUUGAGGGGGCAAGGCUUUUGAGUUUUGGAGGGAGGAGUUAUGCAACGCACGGCAGGGGAAAGUCAGAGUACGGUAGCUUGUGAGGAAAUCUCUCCUCUCCCUUUUCUAGUACCGUAUUUCCAGCAUCUCUUUUGACCUCUUCACUCUCCUCUUCAUAAGUCCCCUUCCAUCACUCUCACUCUCACGUUUUGUAGAGCCCUGCCCCCCUAGUGCCCCCCUAGUGCCACCCUUGUGCUCCCCUUGUCCACUCAUCCACUCCCUUUCCACCUGUAGUGUCAGUCUCAAAGUGCGUUGUGUAACACAUUUAAAUAUUAGGCUAGUAAUGUAUAGCGCCAUGCAGUUUGUCGAUUGAUGUACAGUGUAGCUAUCUUAUGAG